CAGAAGCAACAACUACUUUCAAGAGGUCGCAACAAAUUCAACGCCGACUCAACCAAAGGAAUUCAGUUUUUGAUAGAGUGUAAAGUGCUUAACGACGAUGCGGAGAGUGUCGCUGAAUUUUUGUUGAAAGGGGAGGGCCUCCAUAAAUCGGCCAUUGGGGAAUACCUGGGAGAAAAAAACGAAUUCAACCUGAAAGUUUUGAGAGCGUUCACAUUCAUGCACCAGUUCUCUGACAUCUUACUCGUUCAGGCUCUGAGACAAUAUCUGUGGAGUUUCAUGUUGCCCGGUGAGUCACAGAAGAUCGAUCGAAUCAUGGAGUGCUUCUCUGAGAAGUAUUGCUCAGACAAUCCUCAUGUCUUCACCAAUUCUGAAGUCUGUUUUGUCCUUUCGUUCGCACUGAUAAUGCUGAACACGAGUCUGCACAACGCGAACGUGAAGGACAAAUUAUCCUCCGAGAAGUUCAGCAAGAUGGUCAGAGGCAUUGCAAGCAUGCACGAACUACCUGCCGAUCUUAUUGAGACACUCUACAAAAGUAUCAAAAGGGAGCCUUUGAAGUUGCCCAGCCAAUCAGAUUGCCAGGAUUUGAUGUACACAUUUUUCAAUCCAAUCAAAGAGGGAUGGCUGUACAAAAAAAGAGGAACAUGGAAAAGAAGGUGGUUCCUACUGAACAAUGGAUGUCUCUACUACUUCAUUCAAACCACUGAUCUCCAACCGCGCAGCAUCAUCCCGCUCGAAAAUUUAAAAGUUGACGUCUGCAACGACUCAAAGAGACAAAAUUGUUUCAAAAUA